GAGAUGCUCCAAUGACAUGGCACGACAGACUCUCCUACGGGAAUGACGCAGCCGCCGCUGUCAUGCAACGCUGCUAGGUUUAUAAAGGAGCGAGGCGAGCAGUUGCCUAGGUUAUAGCGGUAGUGUAUCCGACAAGGCAACACCAAUAGGCUAUUGUUUGUAUUCAUGGGCGUACAAUUACCACGAUGAAAAUAAGAGUGGUGUUGAAGAAAUGCCGUUGAGGCCACGUAUUGAGCCUAUUCAACGUGAUGUCAGAGUGUCCUGUAGGCUACAUUUCGCAUUUGCCCUUGCAUCAACAAAGGACAUUAUAUCGCGACGCUUAUCCUGGAAUUGUAAAUGGAUGAGACUGCGCCAGCGGGGGAGGCCGGGGGAGGCAUGCCCACAUCGGGGGCGGGUAGAUCGGACAAGAUGGAUACGGCCGGCCUCUCUCUCAAGCUGCAUUCUGGAGACAUGGAAGACGCUGGUCCUAGGAGGGCUACAAUAACAAGCGAGAUGCCGUCCCCCACAGCUCAGGGUCUAGGCCCAGGUCAGGAGAAGAAGAUUGGCCACAGGAGAGUAGACGCCUCUGGAGAGACCACCUACAAGAAGACCACGUCCUCUGCCCUGAAAGGUGCCAUCCAGCUGGGCAUCGGCUACACGGUGGGCAACCUGAGCUCCAAGCCAGAGAGAGAUGUCCUCAUGCAGGACUUCUAUGUGGUGGAGAGCAUUUUCUUCCCCAGUGAGGGCAGUAACCUGACUCCUGCACAUCACUACCCAGACUUCAGGUUUAAGACCUACGCCCCAGUGGCCUUCCGCUACUUCCGAGAGCUGUUUGGGAUCCGACCCGAUGACUACCUGUACUCUCUAUGUAAUGAGCCCCUAAUCGAGCUGUCCAAUCCCGGUGCCAGUGGCUCCAUAUUCUACGUAACCAGGGACGACGAGUUCAUCAUCAAAACAGUCAAUGCCAAGGAGGCGGAGUUUCUGCAGAAACUACUUCCGGGAUACUACAUGAAUCUGAAUCAGAACCCGAGGACCCUGCUUCCUAAGUUCUUUGGUCUCUACUGCGUCCAGUCUGGGGGUAAAAACAUCCGUAUCGUGGUCAUGAACAAUGUGUUACCGCGCGCCGUCCGCAUGCACCUCAAGUUCGACCUGAAGGGCUCCACGUAUAAACGCCGUGCGUCGAAGAAAGAGAGGGAGAAAUCGAAUCCCACCUUUAAAGAUCUGGACUUUAUAGCAGAUGUACCGGAAGGACUGACCCUGGAUCAGGAUACAUACAGUGCCCUGCUAAAGACCCUACAGAGAGACUGUCUGGUGCUCGAGAGCUUUAAGAUCAUGGACUACAGUCUACUGCUGGGGGUCCAUAACCUGGGCCUGGCUGUGAGAGAGUCCCAGGGCUCACCAGCAGGGGGCGAUGAAAAGAAGCCUCAGGCCCAGAGAGCCCUCUACUCUACUGCCAUGGAGUCUAUACAGGGAGGGAAGGCUUGUAGAGACACAUUAGACCACGAUGCUACGAUGGGUGGCAUUCCUGCUGUGGAUGGUAAAGGAGAGCGUCUCCUUCUCUUUAUUGGAAUUAUCGACAUCCUGCAGUCCUACAGGCUAAUCAAGAAACUGGAGCACUCGUGGAAGUCUCUGAUCAGUGACGGGGACACAGUGUCUGUCCACAGGCCCAGUUUCUAUGCAGACAGGUUCUACAAGUUCUGCAGCACCACUGUCUUUAGAAAGAGCUGCUCCCUGAGGUCUUCUCCCUCCAAGAGAGGGCGGGGGGGGGCUCUGCCCGCACCCAAAAACAGUGUCCAAACACAGCUUUCCGUGGAGAGAGAGGAGAACCAGGAGAACGAAGACCUGCACCUCAGAGGGGCUCGUGGCUUCCCUCUGCUGGAGGAGGACGGUCUGAGAGAGCAUCCCCACACUCCUCCAUCUUUUGAGGAUGCGACCACAGCAUCCAUCGCUACCACUCUCUCUUCAAACAACUCUCUCCCUACCACACCCUUUGAUACACCAGAACACCCACGCUUCAGGAGGCCAACCCACUCUCCACGGGACCGUGAGGGGAGUUUCAGGCCACAGCAGGAAGUAGUGGUGGUGCACGAGCAGACCAUCACUGUAGCUGUAGAGGUGAAGAGGGAACCUACAACCAGUGUGGUUCCAGAGGACCUUCAGGAUUCUAAAGCAACAGAGGAGGAAGUCAUCACACAGACCACUUCCUCUACACCUCCUUCAACCCCUCCUCCCUCCUCCGCCCCUCCAUCCUCCACUACUCCCUGCUCAGUCCCACCAGCCUCCACUCUCCCUCGCUCCCUUCCUCCCUCAGUCCCUUCCUCCUCUGCCCCUCACCCUCACUCUAACUCCACUCUCCCUUCUUCUUCCACUCGUCCUUUCUCCACCAAUCAAUCAUCAGCUCACACCGCCUCCACCCUUCCACCCUCUGCAGUCCCUCCAGCCUCCAACUCGCCCUCUUCCACCACUCCCGCCUCCACCCUUCCCUCCUCCCCCCCCCAUUCUUCCCCCCUCCUUCCAAGCACCCCUCCCUCCUCUCUCCCUCCGAGUCCCCAGGUGACAGUAGAACGCUUUUCGUCCAAUCAUCUAUCUGUCACCUCGUCCGUCAGCCACAACUCACUGGAGGGGAGGUGCCAGUCUCAGACAUCUACUUUUAUGCUGAUGGGAGGUAUUGGGUGUACUCCCCAAUUCUGGGUCGUAAGAAGCUCAACUCAAGCUCUAGCUGCAAUAAUCAGGAGGACAGGAGCUGGGUGUACUCUCCUCUGCACUACGGCUCGGAGUCCAGACCUGGCUCUGACGGGGAGAGCGAGACAUAAGUUGAGUGGAGUCUCCAAUGUAAGCGAAUCCCUUUGAGAGGAUUGAAGACUACAGACAGAAGCCGUGAUGCUUUGCGACGCUCCAGGAAGCUCUAUGAAGCUUCUACGGCAUUGUGUAACCCUCGUGGCCCAAUCUGCAUGUGAAGGCUUGUUUUACCCACAUGGAUGGAGAAGGAUUCUGUGGGGGAAAAAAAUUAAUAAAAUGUUAUUUCUCUGCUUUGGCAACACCUUCGUAACACACACGCAUGCUAACACACACGUCUUCACACUCACACACCCUAACAUUGUCCUAUACAAGUAUGCAACAUGCGUGUGUUAUAAUAAUCAUGUGCCCUUUGCCGCAAAAUCAACUCAUAAACAUGAAAGUAUGCAUAAUCUUCAAUGGGAGUAUUUUGAAUAAAACCAUAUUGCAACCAUUUCCAAACAUCAGCUAAGGCUGCCCAGAGAGACUAUCGUAAUAGUACUUUAGUUGGUCUUGUUGUGUUAAGAAUGAUAUUUGUCUUUUGUUAACUGUGCUGUAGUAUCACAAAUGCAAUAUCAUGUGUUAUAUUGUCUUGGUCAGGUUUUUGACUCCUAUGGUUAAAUGUUGGAGAGUUUUGUCUUUUUAUGAAGCAGAAUUUUUUUUUUCUCAAGUUCUUUAUAAUGUUUUGUGGUGUUCACUGGUCUGAUGGUGGUGGUUUCAAAUUCAGCUCAAUCAAUAAUGUAAGUUGAGAAUCAUGAACAUUUCUGUCUGGAAUUGUGCUGUGUUCCGUGUUCUCACAGGGCAUAACUGGAGUCUUCAGAAUGGUCAUGAAAACCUGAACAUUUUAUUUUAUUAUUAGCCCUCUAAAACUAUCAUUUUGUAAAUGUUUUAUUUUUUAAAACCAUAUCUUUGUCAUUGUUUUACAUUUAAAUGUUACAUUUGAGUAAUUUAGCAGAAGCUCUUAUCCAGAGCAACCUACAGUUAGUUGGUGCAUUCAUGUUAAGAUGGCUAGGUGGGACAAUCGCAUAUCAUAUGCAUAGUGAGGACACAUUUCCUCAAUAAAGGAGCUAUCAGCAAAGUCAGAGCUAGAAAGGGGAGGGGGGAGGGAGGGGGGUCAAGCGGUCAGUUUUUAUUUGUUUCCUCUAUUGCUGGGGAAUGUUUUUUUGACUUUUGUUUUUAGGUAUACUGAACAAAUGUGAUAUAAGAUCAUAUAAAUGUGUUAUUAUUGCCUUACUGAGAAAUA